UCAAGAUCUGGAUGUCUGUUUGAUUACAAGUUCAAUGUCAACGUCGAUGUAGUGUUAACUCUCGCCCUCAAAAUUUAUUUCUACACUGAUUACAAAAUUAUUUCUUUUUUGCGUUACCUCACGAUUUCGGUGACUUUUUGUAACUAAUUGCUGGUCCAAAUCUAAAUUAAAAUGCGUCUACCUCUUCACGAAACCCAAGUAAAUGGAUACAGCAAAAAGAUCCAGCAUCUGAUCAAAGGGAUGCCGGACUGGUACCGCGGAUUGUCCUUAUCCCAGAUGGAGGCUGCCGACAACAUGUCCACCGCGCUCAGGGAUGACAUGGAUCAGAACACGACCACCAGGGUGGCGAAGCUGCUAUGCCAAUUGGGACUGCACCCGAAAGCCCCCUGGGACACUGUGAUCACUGCAGUGAAGCUGAGUCGGGGCAACGACCUGGCUUUUCUUUGGUUUCUAAUGGAACUGUGCUACAAGUCACCUGAUCACGGACGCACCUAUUGUGUGAACGAACAGAUCAUACUGUCGGCUAUCUUCUGGUUGGACUUAUUUCCCACCCUAAAGGAACUGGAUCGAUGGUUGCCGUUGCCCCAUAUCUCGCAGGCUGAGCGAAAUCGGAUUGAGGCGCAACGAAAAAAGCGCUUAAAAUUAAAAAAGAAACGUGAACAAGAGCGGUUGGAGAAAGAGCUGGCCAGGAAGGCAAACACAUCAAAACUAGCUCCCUAUUUUGAAGAGCCUUUCCAAAAAAAGACGCCUGUCCGCCAUUUGCUGUCCGAUUACCCAGAUCGUCCUGCUUUACUCUACGAAAUGCCCGACGAGGAUAAUAUGUCUCCCCUAUCGACACGCUGGUUUGGGGACUACGAAUUGAGUGAAUCACGUCGUGUCGCACGGACGGUUAUAAAUGAGGAAAUCGGCACUAUGUUCUGCAACUUUGGGAAAACCCUAGUUGGUACCGAUAGUAUGGCAAAGUCCAUCGUGAAUGACGAAAUCAAAAGCAUCUUCGAUUCCUUUAAAGCCGCCUCUUUGCCAGUAAGUGAUGUGGAAACCUUGUGUGUCCAUCAUCGCCAUUUGCGCGACAUGGAGAAGUCUCUAAAGGAUCAGUUGGAGGUUCUGAAAAGCAAAAGGUACGAGGAACUCAUUUAUGGCAAAUCAAAAGCGGAGGAGCGACGGAAAAAGCUGGUAAUACAGGAGCUGGAGGAAAUGAGCGCCAAUUACUUGAAACGUUUCCAAGAAAUGGCAGCCCGCACUCGACUGGCCUCGACCAGAACCAAACUUUUCGGAGGCGGGGAUGUGCAGGGCUAUACUUUCGGUUGUCCCAAAGUUGAAAAGUGCGCCGAGAAUGCGGAAGUUUGUUGCCAACCCUGUGGGAAAGUCGUAACGGAAGAAACGGUACCAGAGUCCGUUAAAAAAUUGCAAAUCAAGGUGCGCAAAUCGAGCAGCAGGGUGAGAGUCAAGGGAGGAGCUUCGUCAAAAUCCAAAAGAAGAAAGCAAUCUAGAAAGAAACGUUCCAAAUCUAGAUCUAAAAGCCGACUGCAAAGAGGUAGUGUCAAAUCCAUCAACUUUGAUGUAGUGUCAAUACUAGAAAAGCAAAAGCCUAAACCCAAAACCGAUUUCAAGGACAUAGAGGUAAAGCUCCUAAAGGGAGAAAAACCAAUUGUUCCAGGAUUUCCUGACUUUCGGCCCGAAAUCGCCGAUGCUGCCAAGGUACAGACAUACGAUCCCUAUGUCGGUCUGCCCCAGCGGAAAGUACGAAACCUGAAACAGCGUCCCAGUAGCUUGAUGCAGUUCCUCAAUCGUUGCGGAAGUGAACAGGACGAGGAGAUGGAAGUGCCACAGAAUGGCACUCCUUGUGCUCGUGCUGCACAAUCCCGCAAGAUUUUCGAACUGGGACCCGGGGGUACGAGUGUCGUAAAGUUUAACUAUAGGGAGAUUUUCGGGUCUUUGCAAACGACUCGUUUGGACGAUGAGCGAAUGCGUCUGAAGGAGGCGUUUGUAAGGGCCAUCGAUGACGAUGUUCAGUAUCUGAGUGCAGCCCUGAGCGGCGAGGAGGAGGGUUCCAUAAAUGCCAUGGUGGGCAGAGCUGCCAAGCGGGUCUUUGCCGAUGAUGUGAAGGAAUUUCACAAGGAGCUCGAAAGGCUGAGAAUAAAAAAAGAAGCCGAGAUGGCGCAAAAGAAACACAUUCGCUUGGACUUUGGUCAGAAGUACUACGAUCCCGAUAACCUGCCCUUAAUGAAGGAGAUGCUAAGGCUUGGCCUCGAGAAGGUGGGCGAGGACAAGCGUUUCGUUCUCCCAACCUUACCGGAUGUCCAAACGGUGCCAUAUCUACUCGAUUGGAUCUGUUAUCGCUACGGAAAACUCUACUCCCAAAAGGCCAGAGAGAAGAGUUAUUCCGAAGACAAGGCGGCCAUAGAGUACAUGGUCCGAAUUAUGGGACGUAGCUUGGUGAAGUUGCCUCCGCCCCGCGCAGCCGAAAUAAAUGAAAAAGAUCGGAAAAUGAUUCGAAAAAUGGCCCAUUGCAUGAAGGAGCAGCAAACUAAGAAAUUCCUGGACUCCAUAAUGGGUAUCAGCCGAGUAUUCUACACGGCAAUGAGGCCACAGCUCUGUGGGGCCACCAUGAAAUCCACUUUUUACGCCUACAUGCCUGCCCACAUUCACGACCUUGGAUUCAGCAUCAACAGAAAUAAUAUCUGACUUCCAAGUAACCCCAGUAGUUUUGCUUUUCUGGGAGCUAAAUUGUGGGAGCUUAAUAAAUGAAUUCCUGACAACAAAGCUUUCCGCUUGGCUUUGAAUCCACAAGGUUCUGCUAAAUAGACUUAAUAAACACAAAUGUAAAUCAA